AUAAAGGCCCAAAUAAGCCUUGACCUCUCUGUUUCCUUGUACCUCCCCAUUUCUGACCUACUCCCCCUUCUCUUGAUACGAAUUUUCUUGUAACUGGAACAACAGUGACGGAGCAGAGGUAUGGGGAAAAAGCUCGAUGCUUUGCUCGGAAGGAGCUUCAAGACCUCCAAGUUCAAACCGCUUGUCAAUCUCGCUCUCUCUCGUCUCUCCGUCCUCCAAAACCAGCGGCAGGUCCGCUGCUCCCAGGCUCGCUCUGAUGUGGUUCAGUUCCUCCAACUCGGCAACCACGAUCGCGCUCUCCUUCGUGUUGAGCUGGUGAUCAAAGAGCAGAAUAUGCUUGAUGUGUUUGUUAUGCUGGAAGGAUACUGUAAUCUCCUCAUUGAAAGAGUGCAUCUGAUCGAACAAAACAGAGAGUGUCAUGAGGAGCUGAGGGAGGCUGUGUCGGGAUUGCUCUUUGCAUCUUCAAGGUGUGGGGAAUUCCCGGAGCUUCAAGAAAUUCGUGCAGUUUUCAUGUCUCGCUAUGGCAAGGAAUUUGCAGCUCGUGCUAUUGAGCUGCGCAAUAACUGUGCCGUGAGCUCCAAUCUUAUAGAGAAGCUCUCUACUAAACAGCCAGACUUGGAGAGCAGAAUGAAGGUGCUCAAGGAGAUUGCUGCUAAGAACAGCAUUGUUUUCCAACUAGAAGGAACCUCCUCUGGUUCAAGUGAGCAGGAAAGUUUGGAUUCGAGUAAGAAGCAAAACCACACGGAGCCAGUGUUAUCAACGAAGACAAGUGGUGUUUUUGGGAAUGAAGGAGGUUCUUUUGAUUCAAUGGAACCAAGGCAAAAGUACAAGGAUGUAGCUGAUGCAGCUCUAGCAGCUUUUGAGUCCGCUGCAUAUGCUGCUGCUGCUGCAAGAGCAGCAGUGGAACUCUCUAGAUCUGAUUCCCAUGAUCCUGAUAAUCAGAAUAGUCCCAGAACACCAAGAAAUCAGAAUAGUCCUAGGACACCACGAAGAAGGGUGACCAACAAACAUGAAUCAGAUUCCAAAGGCAAGGAAAUUCAGGAUGGUAGUCUGGCAAAGGAGAUGAAUCAGAGCAAGAAAACUGUAGAAAUCAAGACAUCAGUCUCUGCUUCACCAAUUGAAGAUUCAAGCACCAUGAUGUCUUUGGAUGAAGUAGAUCUAGUCAAAUUGUUAGACAAGGAUAUAAUUUUGAAAUACAGCGAUGAUGAUGAGAGCUACAACUCAAAUUCUGCAAUGAACCGUAGCAGAGAUGAAGGUCCCUCUAAGCAAAUCCCUUCAAACCUUAGGUCUGGCCUGAAUACGGAAGUGGAACUUGGACACUCUCCAGCACUUACUACUGAAAGAUCUAGGAUAAAAGGUAAACAGCAAUUAGCCAUAAAUAAGGAACCAAUUCCAUUGAGGACCAGACAAGUGCGUGGCUACUAAGGAGCAUACAAGUAUCUGUUUGUAACAUUGGUGCGAGUCUGUAAAUCAGUUUGUCUGUCUUCUUCUCCACAAUUUUCUUGGCUUGCAAACUUGGUGAGUUGCAUUGAUUGUGUUGUAUAAGUCUACAAUUAGUGGUUUUUGUACUUAAUACUUUUCCCAUUAUACUUUUUCUUAAAGGACUCGUUUGGUUGGCAACUUCCCUGCGUAAAAAAUUCUGGGAAGUCGGUCAAAGAUUACAUUAGUUUGGCUUAUGAAAGUAAUUUUUGUGGCACAAAAGUUGAGAUUCAAUACAAUUCAUCAAUCGAC